AUGACAGGAUCAUCUAGUAGUACCGACUGGAUGUGGGGCGGAGAUGGCGACUUCUGCGACGAGGAGUUCGCGGACCACAGCGAUCGCAGCGGUCGCAGCAGUCGCACGGGUUACUACUCCGGCGACGAGGAGCAAGCGCCGUGGAGAGGGCAGGUGAGCGAUGCUGCCGUCAUUUUCCCGUCAAAAGCGCCUUUCGCUUCCCUUCCCCGUUUCUCCUCCCAUCGUUCGCUUCCCCGCGCAGGCGGAAACUGUGAUGACCACGCACGGGCCGCUCCGCGUGACGGUGUGCGGGAACCGGUCGCUGCCGCCGCUCCUUACGUACCACGACAUUGGCUUGAACCACUCCACGUGCUUCGAGGGCCUGAUGCUGUGUCCCGAUACAGCGCACCUGCUGCUCGGCAACUUCUGCGUCUACCACAUCGACGCGCCCGGGCACGAGGCGGGCGCGGAGGAGAUCUCUCCGCUGCAGGCGCAGCUCACGGCGAGCGACUUGGCGGAGCAGGUGGCGGAGGUGAUGGCGUGGUUCCGCCUGCCGCCCGCCGUGUGCAUCGGCGUCGGCGCGGGGGCGUACGUCCUCACGCUGCUCGCGGUCAGUACCGCUUCCUUCUCGUUCCUUGUUCUUCUCCCUGCUCCCUUUCUUGCUGGCUCUUUCCCAUCUCGGCUCUCCCGCCCGAUCUCCUCCCCAUCCCUCCAUUCCUCUCAUCUGUCUCUUCUCCUCCCCUCUCCCGCACCUGCCUCCUGCUCUCCCCCUUUCCCCCACCCCUUCCCCCUUCCGCCGCGGCCCCCCAACAGCUGGCGCGGCCCCACGCGGUGCAGUCGCUGGUGCUGAUUUCACCCGUGUGCCGGGCUGCGUCGUGGGGCGAGUGGGCGCGCAGCAAGGUGCUGCUGGGCGUGCUGUGCAUGGCGGGCAUGAGCAAGUACGUCAAGGACGCGCUCGUGCACCGCUACUUCUGCCACCAGCAGACCGGCUUCCACGGCCCCGCCUCUGACUCCAUUCUCAUGUUCCGCCAGGAGUUGGACAACAGGGAGCCAGAGAACGUCAUGCGUUACCUCGACAUCAUUCACAGCCGCAUCGACCUCACGCCCUUCCUGCUGCACCUCAGCUGCCCUGUGCUGCUGGUAGCAGGCGAGAUGUCAGAGGCAUCAAUGCAAGAAGCGGCGCACAUGAUGUGCCACCUGGACCCCAUGACCACAUCCUGGGUUCAAGUGGAGGCCUCGGGUGCUCUCGUCACAGAGGAGCGGCCGCACAUGCUCAGGAAACCCCUCGAGACCUCACAAGAAUCGUUCAGACCCGAAGAGCUUUCUAUGGCAGCGCUGGGGGCCGCGAACUUCCAGCAGCAGCCUGCUGGCGCCGGCGCUGCUGUUCGCGGCGGCGGCUAUGAUCUCGCUCGGGCCGCAGCUGCCCUCGCUCGGGGCAGCACGGCACCACCCGCCACGGGCUUGCCUGUCUACUCGCGUGCGCCAGGCGCCGCAAUUGGCUCCGCGACUGUCGCUGGGAGAAAUGGAUCUCUCCUGGCUGCCCCGCAGCUGCCUUUGAAACGACCGCUCGCUUCGUGCGCCGGCCCGCAGCUCACGUCUCCAUUCCAAGUGCCCGCUAAAAUCAUGCGUCAGACUGCAUGCCCAUCCGUCUCUUCCGAGUUCGACAACGCCGCGUCCAACUUUAUAGCACGAAUGGAGCAGUCCGUUAUUGAGGACAUUAAGAAGCAGCAGCAGCAGCAACAGCAGCAGAAGCUCCUCGAGUACCUCUCCCAAUCGCAGCAGCUGUCCGGGCGCGCCGCUCCUUUCCCCGCGCCCACUCCCCCCCCGUCUUCCGCCAUGGACUCCUGGAUCCGCGCGGCCGCGGGGAUUUCCGGGGUGUCCGCAACCGGUAAUUCCGCUGCGCUCGCCGGCCCGCUUGCCGGCGCAGUAACCGGUCUUCCUGCCGCGAGUAUGCUCUCCGCCGCGUCCGUUGCCGCGGCCAUGCCGGCAACCUUGUCAGGCCUUCCGUUCCUCCCCCUCGCGGCGCAGCUCGCUCCGUCUGCCGCGUCGAACCCUACUCUUGGCUCCGGCGCCGGCGACUUCGCGAGUAGUCUGAUGGCGGUGGAAGUCGAGACGGAGGAGAAGAAGACGAAGCGCAUCAUGUCGAACCGCGCUUCGGCGAAGCGCUCUCGCCAGCGGCGCCAGGAGCGGCUGGAGGAGCUGGAGCGCGAGACGGAGGUGCUGCACGCCGACCACGCACAGGUGGUGGCGAAGCUGGGGCGCGCGACGCAGCAGAUGAGCCGGCUGGAGAUGGAGAACAGCCGCCUCAUGGCGGAGCUCGCGGCGCUGCGCAAGGCGGCCGCCAGCGCGGGCAUCCCGCUCAACCUCGAGAGUGACGCAGCAGCAACGGCCGCAUCUGGAGCGGCGGGUGAGAGUGCGGUCAAGGGCAACGGCGCGGGCAGCAGCAAUGGCAGCUCCAACAGCGGCGGCAGCGCGGAUGAGCUGAAGAACACGCCUCCUCCUAGUGUCUUUGUGGAUCUCCUGCCAGCUAACAAGCAGGAGACGACCGUUGAAGAAGCUGAAAUUGCUGUUGCUGCUGACGCUGCGAAGGCGGAGACUGGUGUGGUGAUGAAGGGAUCCUUGGCGUUUGAGCAGGGAUCGCCUGAGAGUGCUGUGACUGACUGGAGCAAUGAGCAACAGGAGUCUCAGGCUGCUGCUGCUGCUGCUGGUGUUGCUGCUGGUUCGGAUGGGGAGGGCGAGGAUUUGGCCGGGUUGCUCCUGGGCGGGCUGGACUGUGGCGGCAUUGGUGGCAUCAUGGAGGAUGAGCUCUUCUCCAGCCUGCUCUCCACCACUGUCACCACCACUACCACCAGCGUCACCACCAGCACCCCUUUCAACAGCUCCAGUUUAGACUUCCUCUCUAUAAGCAACGUGCCUCCAGGCUCCCCGGUGUUCUGGGCUCAUUUAGUGAUGCUGUACGCGGUGUCUAUAACGACGUUUCUGAUAAUCUGGUGGACGUACCGCCACGUUUGGGGGCUGAGGCACGACUACCUUGCGUCGAGAGCCAAGGUGCUGCAUCCCGAGGAGUAUGUGGUGCUCGUCACUGAUGUGCCGCAGCCUCCGAAGCUGAGGCAGGAGUCUAGUGUGGGGCUGUUCGCGCCCAAGGAAGGCGUUGUCGUUGGGAUUGGAAUGGCGCUGUGGGAGCAUUGCGCUGCGGCAAUGCAUGAAACUGGGCUGGAGCUCCAUUGCCCGACAGUGAAGCUGAGCAAGCCGGCAGUACGCCGGCUCUUCACCCUGCUGCGCAUCGUCACCAUGGGCGCCGUGCAGCCCCCGCAGCGCGCCGACUGCACGUCCGCGUCCGCCGUGGCGGACUCCCAGUUCGUGGACCGCUUCUUCUCGCGCCUCUACCCCGACUCCUACCUCAACAACCAGGGCGUCGCCAGCUACGGCAAGGUCAUGCGCGCGUACGCCCGCUGGCGCCACGCGGUCCAGAUGCUGGACCGCACACGCUUCCGGUACCAGCAGAGUCUGGAGCGGAACCGCCAGCGGAAGAACCCCAGGCCUGAGGAGGAGCUUGUUCCCAGGACUCGAGACGGGCUGCUGCGCCAGGUGUUCAUGGUGGGGCCCAGGGAGCCCAGCAUCGAUUACUGGAUACGACAGGUGGAGGACGCCACCAAGGCGCUCAAAGAGGCACAGAGAACCGCCUCUGCUCGCAGGCGCACGGGCGCGGCCUUUGUAGCCUUCUGCAAGCGACGCUCUUCAGCCGUGGCAGUCCAAACAGCGCACGCACUACAAGGCUCCGCAUGGCUGGUGCACCGCGCGCCCGAGCCCCGGGACGUGGUGUGGCAGAACCUGGAGCCGCGGUUCUGGGAGCGGCGCAUCCGCACGCAGGUGGCGAACGGCAUCUUUGUGUGCUCUGUGCUCUUCUUCUACCUGCCCGUCACUGCCGCCAGCUUCCUCAUCUCCUUUGACACGCUUGCUGCUAUCUUCCCGCCGCUCAAGGAUAUCGAUCAAAACGGGUGGCUGUACAAGGGCCUGACGCUCAUCCUGCCGGCAGUGGGGCUGCGAGUGUGCUACUGGAUAGCGCCACCGCUCAUGGUCAUGCUCUCCUACAUGCAGGGCUGCCUCUCCACCUCCGCUGCUGAGCGCCUCGCAGCAGAGCGUUUCUACUACAUCCUGCUCUGCAAUAUCUUCUUCGGGUUCUUCUUCACCACGUCCGUCCUGCAGCAAAUCCAGCUGCUCCUGGAGCAGCCAUCAUACGUGCUGGAGAUCCUGGGUAAGUCGGUGCCGAGCACGUCGGGGUUCUACCUGUCGUACGUGAUGACGUCCACCAUCAUCUUUGGCGUCGAGCUGCUGCGCCUGCCCCUCGCCCUCUUCAUCUACCUCUUCCGCGUCAUCUUCACUGGGGUCGCCAUUGCCGACCGCGAGAAGCUCUGGAACCAGGGCGGCAUCAACUACCACAUCUUCUUUCCGUAUCAGAACCUGGUGAUCACCAUCGGCCUCGUGUAUGCUGUCAUCGCCCCCAUCAUCCUGCCCUUUGUCUGCUUCUACUCCUGCGUUGGGUACCUCGUGUGGAAGCACCAGAUCAUGUAUGUGUACUCGUACCCGUACCAGACGGGAGGGCUUCUGUGGAUCAAGUUCGUGGGGCAUGUCAACGCGGCUCUCAUCAUUGCACAGGUGACUGUGGUCGGCAUCUUUGUCAUCAAGCAGGCAUUCCUGCAAGCUGCAGCAGCAGCGCCGCUUCCCUUUGUGACCUUCUACUUCAUGGCGCUUGUACACGCCAAGUUCACCAACACCUUCCAGUCAGUUGCCGCCCUCCCUGCUCCCUGCUCUCCCUGCUCGCUCCCUCUCAACCUCUCCCCUCUUACCCUUUGUGACGUUCUACUCCAUGGCGCUCAUACACGCCAAGUUCACCAACACCUUCCAGUCAGUGACCCCACCAUUCACCAGUUGACUUUUCAGUUGACUCAAAAGUCAAGAGUCACCUUCCACGCUACAACUAAUCUCUGCACUUUUUCCCCCUCGUGCUCCCGCUCGUGCCCCCACGGCAGGUUCCUCCUGUUGGAGCUAGCAGUAGACGUGGACGAGUACAAUCAGAGCCAUGGCAUGUUGCAGCGCAUGGACGACAUGGCGCCCAUGCGCUGCAACAUGUUCCUCCCGUUGGAGCUAGCAGUAGACGUGGACGAGUACAAUGAGAACCACGACAUGCUACAGCGCAUGGAUGACAUGGCGCCCGAGUACAUGCCCUUCUGCAUGCGCCCACUGCACAACCCAGACCUCUCUCCGGACGCACCACCCUCCGACAACAUUCACCAGCUUAUCAACCCGGAUUUCUACGUCUCUCCGCUGGAAGCGUCGUUGGUGGAGGAGCGGAAGCUGUCUGUCAUCGCACACUCUAUGUCCCUCCGCCGGGGGAAAGGAUCAGGGUCUUUAGGAGAGGUGGACGCUGGUGGGGCGAGUAGGGAUCGCUCCGCUGCUGCUGAUAUGGGGCAGGGCGCAGAGCAGGAGAGUGGUGAUGGUGACCUGAGUGCCGCUGCUGGUGUUGUUGGUGUUGCUAGUGUUGCUGGUGCUGUUGGUGCUGUUGGUGUUGCUGGUGCUGUUGAAAGCGAGGAAGGAAAAGGAGGGUUGGGUGCACCGAAUGGUACAGCAGGACAUGCUGCUGGUAAUGGUGUGACGCAGGGCUCGGACGCUUGCAGGCGGAAUGCGGGGCAUGUGUUUGACUUAAGUGGGCAUGGGGCGGAUGCAGAGGGCUCGGAGGACGGGUUGAGAGGAGAAGAUUCAGAGAGAAUGCCCAUGGUUGGGAACGGUGAAGCGGAUCUCAUCAGUGGUGCAGAGGAACCGGGCGCUGGGCCGAGUCGGGAACGAGAGAUUGAUGGGAGGGAAGAGGGGAAGGUUAAGGAUGGGAAGAAGGACGGCGAGAGGGUGCUGGUGGGGGAAGGAAGUGGGGUUAGGGGCAGCUGGGGAGAUGUUAGGGAGGGAAUGAUGCCUUCUUCUGCUGUGGUGGCUGCUGCUGCUGCUGCUGCUGCUGCUACUACUACUAGUCCCACUGCUGCUUUCACUGCAACCAGAGAAGAGGAUUCUGGGAAGGGAAGUGUGAGGGAUAGCAGAUAUCCAGGAGAGGGAGGGGACGUGGGGGUGGGGGAGAGGAGUGUGAGAGAGGUGGGAGGGGCGGGUGUGUUGGUCCGGAACAUGUGGCUGAAUGGGGAGGGGAAUGCGAGUGCGAGUACGAGCGCGAGUUUCCGAACAGGGUAUGCUUCGUCAUGGAGUAUGGGUGGCGACAUCAUUCAGUGCGAUCACAGCAAUCUUGCUGUAAUGAAUGGCGUGGAUGCAACUGCUGGUGCCAGGGAGGAGACUGAGACUGCUGCUGGUGCCCCUGCAAUGGUUGGCACAGGCACCACCACCGGUAUGUGUGGCACUGCUGGCACUGCGGCGGGUGGGACUGGGACACUUGCUGGCGAGAGUGAUGGGGUUUGCGAUCAUGCCGUUGCGGCUGUUACUGGUAAACACUCUGUUGCCGCAUCCAUUGACAGCAUCAGGCAGUGCUGA